AUGAACAUCAUCAUUGGGAUCGAAGAAAAGUACGAAAAGUUGUUGCAGAUAGAACCGUUUAUUUCAAAUCGAAAAUUCAAAAUGAAUAAAGUGGAUUCAGAACUGAUUCUGGAUGCUAAACAACUACCAGAUACGACUGUUACUUCACAAAUGAAUCAGGCACCACCGAAAGAGUUCCCAAAACCUUUGGCUGACUUUAAAAAAUAUCUAGAGUCAAAAUUUUGCUACUAUUCGAAACCUAUAGAAAAAGCUGAACUAGUUAGUGUUCAACCAAAAAUUGCUUAUCAAUGCCAAAUGAAAAUACUCAUGGAAACAAGAAAAUUACGCACGGAAAAGACACCUUAUCGUUGGGAUACUAAUACAGUUCUGGGCAGUCAUUCAUUAGGGCGGUUCUUUGAGAAUGCUGAACAUUCUGGUGAAACAGUAGGAGAUAUAUGGAAUGAUUAUCGACUAUCUCUUCCAUCCGCUGAUAAAUUUAGUAAAACAUAUGCGUUAUCUGACAGUGUUGGCAAAGUAAUCUGCUCUGACUGUAAGGGAUACGGAGGUUUUCGUCAUUUACCAACCUUAACUGUUAAAUGGUUUACUCGGUCUUCUACAUGGUUUUAUCAAAACUCAUUUCUGCAUAAUAAGAGAAUACGUAAGGGACAGCGCACACUUUUCUGGUCAGCAAAACAAGAAUCAUGGUCAAAAGGAUCUUCAAUAGAAAACUUUGUACAGUCAAUAUCUGAAGAAACACCUGACAUACCUUUGAGAGCAAAUAUUAUUAGAGAUUAUAAUGAAAAACAUCUUAAUCCUACAAGAAAUAAGUACAAUGCAAUGCGACGCAUAGAUUUUUUUGUUGAACGCUUGAGUUUUGAGGAAAUAUGUUAUACAAUGGGAGAAAAUUAUGUUAACAAACGAAACUCGACAUCAGAAAACACGUUUCGAUUUUGUCAAUAUCCUAAACUUCAGGGACAAACUAUGAUUUAUGAAAAUGAUUAUCCACUUAAUUGUUGUGGCUGUUUUGGAGAAAAAGCAGCUUGCUAUUCAUCUAAAGAUUUGCAAAAACUUGUACUUCAUAAAUGGGAAAAUGGCUAUACCUCAGCACAGAUAUUUCGUGAUUUAAAGGGAGAACAAACUUCUCGAAUUCUGUUUUCGGAUGAAAAAUAUUUCGACUUGGAUGGCAUGUACAAUCGCCAAAAUGACAGAGUGUGGGCUGUAGAUCGUGCGGAAGCCGACAAGAAUAGUGGAAUCAAGCAAAAACAAAAUUUUCCAACAAAAGUUAUGGUUUGGUUGGGAGCAUGUUCGAAAGGACUCACACCUUUGGUUAUUUUUGAAACUGGCACUAUGGAUCAUCAACGAUAUAUCAAGGAAGUGCUACCAAUUGCUAAAAAAUAUGGAGAUGAACAAUUUGGAGACAAUUGGACAUACCAACGGCAUGGCAUGAGACCUCAUACACACGAACUAUCACUGGAAUGGUGUUAUGAAAAUAUGCCUGGAAUAAUCAGCAAAGAUCGUUGGUCACCAAAUAGUCCCGAUUUGAGCCCCUUGGACUACAGUAUUUGGUCCGAAUUUGUACAACAAAUUAAUUGGAGUGUUGCUCGAUCAAAACAAAGUUUAAUUGAAGAAUUAAAACGUGCUGUUAAAAAAAUUAGGCCAGAAAUAGUUUUACAAAGUUGUGAAAGUUGGACGAAGCGAUUGCACCGUUUAAAAAAAAUUAACGGCGGUUAUCUUCAUUAA